AUGUCCAAACCUUCAGACCACAUCAAGCGGCCCAUGAAUGCCUUCAUGGUAUGGUCCCGGGGCCAGCGGCGCAAGAUGGCCCAGGAAAACCCCAAGAUGCACAACUCGGAGAUCAGCAAACGCCUAGGCGCCGAAUGGAAGCUCCUGUCUGAGGCUGAGAAGCGGCCUUACAUCGACGAAGCCAAACGACUGCGGGCCCAGCACAUGAAGGAGCACCCCGACUACAAGUACCGGCCAAGGCGCAAGCCCAAGAACCUACUCAAGAAAGACAGGUAUGUCUUCCCCCUGCCCUACCUGGGCGACACGGACCCGCUCAAGGCAGCCGGCCUGCCCGUGGGGGCUUCCGACGGCCUUCUGAGCGCGCCCGAGAAAGCCCGGGCCUUCUUGCCGCCGGCCUCGGCGCCUUACUCCCUGCUGGACCCUGCGCAAUUUAGUUCCAGUGCCAUCCAGAAGAUGGGUGAAGUGCCCCACACGUUGGCCACCAGCGCGCUGCCCUACGCGUCCACCCUGGGCUAUCAGAACGGCGCCUUCGGCAGUCUCAGCUGCCCCAGCCAGCACACGCACACGCACCCGUCCCCCACCAACCCGGGCUAUGUGGUGCCCUGUAACUGUACUGCCUGGUCUGCCUCCACCCUGCAGCCCCCUGUCGCCUACAUCCUCUUCCCAGGCAUGACUAAGACUGGCAUAGACCCUUAUUCAUCAGCCCACGCUACGGCCAUGUAACCCCCAGCUUGGCCCGGACCUGGAGGGUGGCAUGGAAGCAGAGAGCUGCAGCCUUUCCCUUGCACCUAGUCUGGCCUGCAGAUGUCUCUGGGACAGGCCUGUCGCUACCCCUUGCC